CAGCCGUCGGCACCAGCCGCUCCGAUAAUGGCUGCAGUCGAGGUGGCACUUUCCGGGACGCCGUGUUGUUCCGACUCGCUCGACACAAAUUAAACAAACAACACUCACCCGAGCAGAUUCGGGCUUCAACUGAAACUCCGUCGCCUCUGAGCCGGGGAGUUCACGUCGGAGCUCGAUGACCAAGCUAACUCACCAGUGGAAGCUAAGCUAACUUCCCCCCCGCUGCCGCUGCCGCCGCCGCGUCGUCCUCUUCCUCGUCGACCCCGGUUUGCUUUGUUUUUGUUUUUUGUUUGUUUUGUUUUUGUUUGUUUCUUCCUGAACUCCCCCACCCCACCCCCCCCGGGUCCGGAGAUGUCAUCGUGGCUGGGCGGACUGGGCUCCGGCCUCGGCCAGUCCCUGGGCCAGGUCGGCGGCAGCCUGUCGACGUUCACCGGGCAGAUAUCGAACUUCACCAAAGACAUGUUGCUGGAAGGCGCGGAGGAAGUCGAAGACGCUGCCACAGAACUGCACGUGUCCAACUCCAGGUUGGCUGAAGUCGAGGCUUCGUUCUCCACUCAGAAAUCUGAGCACGACAGAUUAAGAAAGCUGCACGCAGAGCUCGAGGAGAAGCUGGAGGCGUCGGAGAUCCAGAUCAAACGACAGUCUGCGGAAUACAGGAGUCUUCUGCAACAGAAAGAUGUGGAGAUCAGUCACCUGAAAGCUCGGCAGAGUGGACUCCAGGAAGAAGUCCAGAAGCUGCAGCAUUCGGCCCAGUCGGUGGCGUCCAUUGGCUCCGCGGUGCUGCCCGUCACCACCGCCUCCUCCACGGCCACAUCGUCCUCUGCUUCGUCUUACCUGUCGCGGCCCUCGGGCUCCCACCAGGGCUUCCACGCCGACGAGAUGGACCUCAGCGACGUCAUCUGGUCGCAGCAGGAGAUCAACCGGCUGUCGACAGAAGUCAUGCGACUGGAGGCUGAGGUCUCACACUGGAGGAGAAUGUCUCAGGCAUCAACAGCAGCAGCAGCAGGAGCUGGUAAUGGCGACCAGGGUGAGAUUCUCAAACUUCAAAGGACUAUUAAGGAGCUGCGAGAGGAGAUGAGUCGUGAGGUGGAUGAACACCAGCAUGAACUGGCAGCUCUGCAGGACGUCCAGCGGCAGAAGAUGUCCGAUGUCACGCGGCGACACAGAGAAGAGCUGUCGGAGUACGAGGAGAGGAUAGAGGAGCUGGAGGAACAGAUUCACUGUGGUGGUCAAACCAGUUCCUCUUCGGACGCCUCCCAGCUGCCCGAGCUCCAGAACCACAUACAGUCCCUGCAGGAAGCGGCAGAGCAGCGGGAGAAGCAGCUGGCCGAGCUGUCUGCCAGCCUUGAGGAGGCGCGGGGGAAACAGGCCUCGCUGCAGCUGGAGAAGGACGAGGUCCAGGAAGAGAACGCCGGGCUGCUGCAGAAUUACAUGCGGCUGCAGGCAUCUGUCUCCGAGCUCCAGACGCGAGUUCAGGAGCAGGAGGAGAAGGCUCUGCAGAAAGCCCAGCUAGACCACGAGAUCCAUGUUUUGAAAGAGAACCUUACAGCUGCAGAAAAGGAAAUAGACAGAUUGAAAAACCUGUCUGACGUUGAACCAAAGGAAGAAGUUGAGCAUGCAGACAUCUUAGAACUGAACACCAUCAUUGGGGUGUUGAGACAAGAGAAGGAACUCCUCGAAGAAGAAAAGCUCAAUCUGCAAGAAAGACUUAAAGUAGCAGAGGAACAAAUGGUGACUGAUAACGGAGGUGAUUCUGGAGAGUCGCAGUCAGUGGAGGAUCUGAGGGUGGAGCUGGAGCGGAGAGAGAAGGCCCUGAGAGCCACCGAGGAGGAACGAGACACUCUGAUGUCUGAGCUGGAAGAACUAGACCGGCAAAACCUGGAGGCAACGCAGCAUAUGAUCUCAGUGAAGGAGCAGCUCUCUGGGCAGCUGAAGGAGGCCGAAGCAGAGCUGACGAGACUGACCGCAGAGCUCAACACAACCAAAGACCAUAGAAGGAAACUGGAGCAAGAGGUGGAGACCCAAAAGGAGAAGACCAGCCAGAGCGCUUUCACUCUUAACGACCUGCAUAUGGGUAAACAGCAGUUGGAACAGACGGUGAAGGAGCUGAAGGACAAACUGGGAUGUGCGCAGGAGCAGAGCAGGGAGGCACGAAAAGAAACCACAGAGCUGAAGAGAACUUUGCAGGAGAAAGAGGAGCUGCUAUCUGCUGCUAAGGCAGAGCUGCAUCAGGCAGGGGAGAGAAGAAGUGAAGCAUGGGGAACUAAAGAGGAGCUGGCAGGGAACGAGAGCGAGUUGACGGACCUCAGACGAGAGUUGGAUGAAAUGAGGAGCUCGCAGGAGAAGGUGAUGUCCGCAGGCUAUGAGUUGAAGAUGGAGAAUGGCAGGUUGAAGGCAGAGAAUGAGCAGGCUCGGAGUAAAGUAAAGGAAGUGACCAAGCAGAUGAAGGAGAGUCAGGUUGCUCUGAACAGGACCGUACUGGAAAAGGACACUCGCAUCGAAGCGUUGAAGCUCGAGAAGAAUCAGCUGGACGGCGAUUUGAGGCAGGCUGAACGGACGCUGACCGAAAGGGCAAAACAGUACCAGCAGACGUUCGAGGAGUUGACUCGAGCCCGCUCCAUGGACGCCUCGGCUUUACAGACAGAGCACGAACGCGCCAUCAAACUCAACCAGGAGAAAGACGUGGAGAUAGCCCAGCUGCGGAGAGACAUGGAGCAGAUGGCGUCGGAUCACAGAGACACCAACGAGAUGCUCUCGAUCACAGUCGCGGGGCAGAAGCAGCUGACAGAUCUGCUGCAGGAGAAGGACAUCUUCAUGGAUACUGUCAAACAAAACGCUGCGGAUAUACAAGCGGAGAUGGAGAACAGUAUCUUUGUUGCGACCAAAGAAGCCGAAAUGCUCCGAAAGGCACUGGAGGAGAAGGAUAGACAGCUGGGGGGUAUGAAGGAGGAGAACAGCCAUUUGAAAGAGGAGAUCGACCGCAUUAGAGAUCAGCAGAGCAGACCGCAACCUCUGUCUGAGCCCAGGACCCUGGACAUUAUCACGGAGCUGGAGACGGAGAUCACCCAGCUCACGUCCAGCAGGGACGGUCUGGAUGAGGAGGUCCAGACCCUGAGGAGAACCACGGAGGAGCAGCAGGCCUCCCUCCUGCUGUCGCAGCAAUCCCUGCAGGCUCAGCAGAGCGAGCUCGAGCAGGCUCGCGCUCGCAAUCAGCAGACCACUCUCAACUACGACCGACUCAUACAUGCCCGGGACGAAGACAUAGCUCGCCUGCAGCAGACGCUAGACCGGCUCAGUGUGAGCCAGGGCCGCGCCGACUCGCCACCUGUGCAGGGGGAGGUCAUCCUGCAGGAGGAUAAGACCCAGACGCUAAAUCAGGAGAACGGCAACGAGAAGCACGACCUGUCCAAGGUCGAAAUAGAAAAACUGGUGAGAGGCAUCAAGGAGAAAGAGACGGAGAUCAGCCAACUGAACGAGAAAAACCUCUCGUUGACCAGACAACUGGAUCAGCUGGUGGUGUCUCGCGACGAGGUGGGUAAACUCUCUCAGGCGAUCCUGCAGAAGGAUCUCGAGAUCCAGGCGCUUCAUGCCCGCAUCUCCAUGGGCGGCGGUGGCGGACACAGCCAGGACGUCAUGUUCCUGCAGCAGCAGCUGCAGGCGUACGCCGUGGAGAGAGAGCAAGUGCUGGCCGUGCUCAACGAGAAGGCCAGGGAGAACAGCCAGCUUCGCUCAGAUUACCACCGCCUCAUGGAUAUCAUGGCGGGGAAGGAAGCGGCUCUGCUUAAGCUCCAGCAGGAGAACCAGCGCCUCUCCAACAUGAGCGACCCCUCGGGAAGCCAGGAGAUGUUCAAGGAGACCAUCCAGAACCUGUCCCGCAUCAUCAGGGAGAAGGACAUCGAGAUCGACGCGUUGACCCAGAAGUGCCAAACCCUGGUGACCGUCCUGCAGGCGUCCUCCGGAGAGACUGGCGCAGGCUCGGGCGGCGUCAGCAGCAACCAGUUCGAGGAGCUGCUGCAGGAGAGGGACGCGCUGAAGCAGCAGGUGAAGAAGAUGGAGGAGUGGAAGCAGCAGGUGAUCACGACCAUCAAGAACAUGCAGCACGAGUCAGCGCAGCUGCAGGAGGAGCUGAUUAGGCUGCAGGGUCAGGUGACUGCCGACAGCGACUCAAGCUCCAAACUGUCGGUGGACUACGCUCGACUGAUCCAGAGCUACGAGCAGAAGGAGAGGAGACUGGGAAGUCUGGGUCAGGAACUUGCUCAGGUCCAGCAGACCAUCACCCAGCUCAGCUCCACCAAGGACGUCCUGUUGGGUAAACUGGACGGUGCAGCGCAGACUCCUGCUGAAGCUGUAGUUGCUCAGUACAGUGAACCCUCUCUCACGACAGACGCUCCCAGCCACCAGACAGCGUCACCCGUCAACAACGAGAAUCUGCAGGGAGAACUUGAACAAUUGCAAAGACAGCUGGCUGAGAAGGAAAACAUGAUCAGGACUCUUCAGGAGAACAACCACCGUCUCUCCAACUCGGCGUCCGCCUCGGAGAACGAUCAGAGGACUCAGGCCGAGGAGGUUCGGCAGAUCCGGGAGAGGCUCGACGCUCAGCAGAGAUCGGUGAGGGAGAAAGACCUGCUCAUCAAGACCAAAGGAGACCAACUGAUUCACGUCAGCGAGGCGCUGCGCAACCGCGAGAACGACAACGAGGUGCUGAAACAGGCCGUGACCAACCUGAAAGAGCGGGCUCUCAUUCUGGAAAUGGACGUGAGGAAGCUGAAGGAGGAGAACGAGCUCGUUGUGGCACGCUCGCGAGAAAAGGAGUCGGAGUUCAGGGCACUGCAGGAAACCAACAUGCAGUUCUCCCUCCUCCUCAGGGAAAAGGAGUUUGAACUGAGUGCGAUGAGCGAGAAAUCGGCAACCGUGGAGAGGAUGCUGAAGGACAAAGAGCAGGGUAAGUCCGGUGAGCUGAAUCAGCUCCUGAAUGAACUGAAGUCCAUGCAGGAGAAGGCUGUAGCCUUCCAGCUGGAGAGGGAUCAGGUGAUGAUGGCACUCAAGCAGAAACAAAUGGAGACCACGGCAGUACAGACUGAGCUUCAGCACGUGAGGGAUAAAGAGCAGCGUCUCAACUUGGAGCUUGAGCGGCUGCGCAAUCACCUCUUGGAGAUUGAGGACUCGUACACGAGAGAGGCCGUCUCCGCAGAGGACAGGGAGACAGAACUACGAAGGAGGGUGGCGAUGCUGGACGAGAAACUGGCCACAUCCUCGAGUGCAGUGGAGAACGCCAGCCAACAGGCCAGCAUGCAGGUGGAGUCUCUGCAGGAGCAGCUGAGCAGAGUGGUGAAGCAGAGGGACGACGCACUCAUACAACUCCGAACGUCCCAGGAGCAGGUCAACCAGUAUGCAGUGUCGCUGUCCAACCUGCAGAUGGUGCUAGAGCAAUUCCAACAAGAAGAGAAAACCAUGUACUCGGCAGAACUCGAAAAAAACAGGAGGGAGAAGGAGGAGUGGAGAAGAAAAGCUCUGAAGGCGGAAGACCAAGCAUCUGCUCUUCAGAUGAACCUCGACGAGGCGAACUCUGCCCUGGAUUCAGCAUCUCGCCUCACUGAUCAGCUCGAUCUGAAAGAGGAGCAACUUGAAGAGCUGACAAAACAAGUGGAUGUGAGACAGGAGAUGUUGGAGGAGGCGCAGAGGAAAGUGAUGAGCCUUCUGAACAGCACGGAGGGGAAGAUAGAUAAGGUCCUGAUGCGUAACCUGUUCUUAGGAUACUUCCACUCACCCAAAACCAAGCGUGCUGACGUGCUGAGGCUCAUGGGAAACGUUUUGGGACUGAGUCGAGAAGAUGUCGAUAAGAUGUUGGAGGGCGAUGGGCGCCACGGUGUCACCGGAUGGGUGUCGAGUUGGCUCGGAGGCCGAGGAGCACAGAGCGUCCCGAACACUCCACAUUUGACCACCAGCGGCCAGGGGCUCAACUCGUCCUUCUCAGAAAUGUUUGUGAAGUUCCUGGAGAUGGAGUCGACUCCCUCGCUUCCCGCGCCGAAGCUCCCAUUUCACGACAUCAAUCCUCUGAGUGCCCCGCCCCCGAGGAGAACCGGCACCGCUGCAGCUUCCAGCAACAUCGCAGGAGCCGCGGCAGCAGCCAGCAAGCGAGCCGGCGAGUCCAAUCCUUUCCUGGCGCCUCGCUCGGCGGCUGUGCCUCUGCUCGGCGGCUCCACCUCCAGUGGCUCGGGAGGCCACCUGCUGAUGAAGCCCAUCUCCGGCCACCUGCCCUCCUUCACGCCCGUGCCGGUGUCGGCCGAGGACAGCGGCGGAGCUGUGCUCAAAGACUUGUUAAAGCAGUGAUCGGUUAUUUUACACUACACAGACUGAAAUGUUUUGAGCAGGUCUGCUACUUGAUUGGUGCUCCUUUUUUUUUGUGGCGGGGGGGGGGGGGGGGGUUCCUGAAAGGCUUAAUAUUCCCCUUUUUUUGGAAGGGCAUUAAUUCUUUUUUGUCUUUUUUUUAGAAUCAGUCGUAGUUACUGUUCUAUGCAAUAGUGUCUCCCUUUACUCAUCACUGUUUCCUACAUUGCAACAUUGUCAGCUUACUCCUUACUUUUUUUUAAAUUCAUCGCAUCAGUCCUGAACACAAGUGACCUUGCAAACUCACCGUGUGCAGUUCAAUACCUGUGAGUCGAGUCCAAUCACACGUCCUUCAGUUGUCAUACUUAUUUCUUGUCUUUUUACUCUUAAUUUUCAACAGCGCAGGAACUGUUUCUCAUCCAGGACGUUCCUCUGGCAGCAGCCCGUGUGUCGAGAUUUAUGUGGUUUCACUACAUCUGUUAAAACCAUAGAUUUUUUUUUUUCUUUCGCUUUAAUGGUGUCUUCUCCAGACAGUCAGACUAUGAUAUGCAACGAGUGUUGUAAUUAUGGCUGUAACCGCUGACUGGCCGAUCAGAGGGCUCGAGACCGCUCUUACGCUCAAGUACAGUACUAUUAUAUAGUUAUAUAUAUGUAAACUGGUGGCAUUUGUUUUUUGUUUUUUUUCUCCUAUUUAUAGGCACCAAGGAAGUUCUGGAAGAAAAAGUGCCUGCAUUAUUUAAUUUUUCUUGUGCUAAUUAGGUAGUUGUAAAAUCAGGAUUGUAAAUGGUUGAUAUAAAUAUAUAUAAAUAUAUAUAUUUACAAAAUGUAAAAAAUAAAAAAUAAAAACCUGCACAUUUAAAAAAGAAGUUUUGCCUGACCGGAGCUUGGCCACCUUCAAGGUGAGCCGCUCUGAAUUUUUGUAUCAACAUCAGUCAGCCUGCAGAAGGAAUGGAACAGGUUUUUGGGUUUUUUUCCAGAUUGAUAACGUGUAUAAACUGUAAAUCUUCCACCGUAAGAAGAAUUUUUGUAGAUGUCAAAUCAGAAACUCGGGUUACCUUGAACUUGGAUGAUCUCUAGCCGAGGUGCUUAUAGCACCCGCUGCUUUAAUUGGGAAUUUUCGAAUCUAAUAAAUGUUCUCCUGACCCCUCUUCA